AUUUGCGACGACUGUGUACUUAGGCCUGGUGGGGUGACCAUUCGGGAUCGUGAUGUGCCUACACCAGUAUGAGGAGGGUCUCCUUGGACGAGUGGCGGAUAGCACCAAGCAACGUGCUAGGCAAAGCAAGAGAUGAUCAAAUACAGUCUAGAAUCUAUUGAAGACGUCCGCAAUGCGGGGAGAAAGUCAAUCGCCAGCACCACGUGACACGGCUCUUUCCGGCGCCGACAUCUGCAAGAGCUUUUGCCGACAACACCAGCGACGACCACCACCCCCAUCACCAGUCAUCACCACGGGCCUCUGCACCGCCGUCCAACACCCACAUCCACCACGAUGAACGCCCGCAUCCUCCGCCCCUUCGCCAGGGCCGCCUUCCGCGCGCCCACGGCCGUCCGCCCCGCCUUGCUCGCACGCCCCGCGCUCGCCGCCCAGCAGAACAAGAAGACUGAGGUUGGCGCCCAGCAGAUGACGAUGCUCAAGUCGGCUAUGCCCCAGCUUAUCCCGUUCUUCUUCGUCAACGAGACGACGGUGGCGUUUGUCCUGCUGCCGUCCCUCAUCUACAUCAUGUCCAAGUACAUUCUGCCCCAACGCGUGCGUCUUUUCGCUGCUAGGCUGUUUAUUAGCAAGUUGUAGGGUGAUGCUAGGGAGGGUGUGUACUUGUACAUAUUAGGCGGGUGGAUUGAUGAAUGAAUGGGGUUGGACGUAUCGGAUAGGAAGUGUGUAGUCUGGGACAAUACGACUAGGCACUAUAUCCAGACGCUAUGCGCCUUCUGGAAGUGUAUACAACCCCACUCGCCCAUCCCACACCACAACAUAACACAGAAACAAGCAAAGAACUAGACCGCUUCCAUUAUAUCUGCUGCAUACAUAUCCC